AUGUCUGAAAAGAACCCCGAAGAAGCCGGAACUGGGUCUGAUCCCAUGCUUGAAUCCGAUUCUGCCUCAGUAAGCGACCGCGCUUCAGCGGCAGCCCACCAUCCACAGUUCACCGGCGUCAAUGGGGAGAAUGUUGCGGCAUUGGCCCGACGCCUAACAAAUGCGAGCACGCGGACGGCACAAGCAAGCGUUACCAACCCCUUCCAACCGACCGAACCUGCUCUGGAUCCAACGUCACCCGAGUUCGAUGCCAAGCUAUGGGCACACACCUUGUUCAACGCUUUUGAGCAGGACCCUUCGAAGUAUCCGCGGCAGCCCAUUGGUGUAUCUUGGCGUGAUCUCAGUGUUCACGGAUUUGGAAGCAGCACGGACUCUCAAAAGGAUGUGUUGAAUGUCCUCUGGUAUGCUCCAGCUGCCAUCAGAGAUUUCAUCGCCCAGAAGAGGCAAAAGAUUCAGAUUUUGAGAGAAUUCGAUGGCCUUGUCAAGCCGGGUGAAAUGCUUCUGGUCCUAGGUCGUCCAGGGAGUGGUGUCUCGACGUUGCUAAAGACCAUUGCUGGCCAGGUACAUGGUCUCUAUCUCGACGAAAAAUCCGAGCUCAACUAUCAAGGCAUCACAUGGGAAUCCAUGCAUAGCCGUUUUCGCGGUGAAGUCAUUUACCAGGCCGAAACAGAUGUGCUCUUUCCACAGUUGACGGUUGGGCAGACGCUGCAGUUUGCAGCUUUGGCCAGAGCCCCUCGUAAUCGUCUUCCUGGCAUUAGUCGCCAAACCUAUGCGCAAUGCCUCCGGGAUGUAGUCAUGGCCGUCUUUGGUAUUUCCCACACCAUCAACACCAAGGUCGGAAACGACUGGAUCAGAGGUGUUAGCGGUGGCGAGCGCAAGCGCGUGAGUAUAGCAGAGGUCACCCUGAACCAGAGCUCAGUUCAGUGCUGGGACAAUAGUACUCGAGGACUCGACAGUGCUACGGCGCUGGAGUUCACUCGCACAUUGAGACUUUCUACACAAAUUGCCAACACGAGUGCCAUUGUGGCAAUCUACCAAGCCUCACAGUUGGCCUACGAUGAAUUCGACAAAGUCACAGUCCUGUACGAGGGUCGCCAGAUUUUCUUUGGAUCAAAGGACCAUGCGAAGGAAUACUUCACCGACAUGGGUUACGUCUGCCCAGAUCGACAAACUACCGCUGAUUUCCUCACAUCUCUCACCAAUCCCUCUGAGCGCAAAGUACAGCCUGGCUUCGAGAAGCGAGUACCGCGCACUCCUGACGAAUUUGCAAGUGCUUGGAAGCGUAGCGAGGCCAGAGCUCAGCUGAUUAGAGACAUCAAUGCAUUCGAGCAUGACUCCGUCAUUGAGAAUGACUAUGCCGAAAAGCUAAAGGCAGUACGAAAGUCUCAGCAAGCCUCCUUCACGCGAAACAAGUCUCCCUAUACGCUGUCAAUACCGAUGCAGAUUCAGCUGUGUAUCACGAGAGGGUUUCAGCGCCUCCAAGGCGACAAGCUGUUCUUCAUCGUAACGGUGGCCGCCAACUUUAUCGUAUCGCUGGUCCUUGGAAGCAUCUUCUAUAAUAUGCAGCCUGUUGCAGACAGUCUCAAUAGCAGAUGCAUUUUACUGUAUUUUGCCAUUCUGUUCAAUGCCCUGAGCAGUGCAUUAGAGAUCUUUUCUCUUUAUACACAGCGGCCAAUUGUUGAGAAGCAAGCCCGUUACGCCUCCUACCAUCCUUUUGCCGAAGCCAUCUCUUCUGUGGUGUGUGAUUUGCCUAGCAAGGUGCUUUCGACGAUAGCCUUCAACGUGCCAUUGUACUUUAUGGCCAACCUCCGCCGUGAAGCUGGCGCGUUCUUCGUGUAUCUACUGUUUGGCUUCACAUGUACGCUGACAAUGUCCAUGAUUCUACGUACCAUCGGACAGACGUCUCGUACUGUCCAGCAAGCCUUGACCCCAGCUGCCAUGUUUAUUCUUGGCUUGGUCAUCUACACUGGCUUUGUUUUGCCUACACAGACUAUGCAAGGGUGGCUUCGUUGGAUCAACUAUCUUGACCCCAUUGCUUAUGCAUUCGAAAGUCUGGUCGCCAAUGAGUUUUCUGGACGGCAAUUUCCAUGCGCUUCAUUUGUUCCCAUGGGUCCAUCGUAUAUGACCUCAACUGCAUCACAAAGAGCUUGUUCCGUCGCAGGUGCCAUGCCUGGAGCGGAUUAUGUGGAUGGCGACCUCUACAUGAAUGCAAACUUUGGAUACUACAAGUCACACAUCUGGAGGAACUUUGGUAUCUUGAUUGCCUACAUAAUUUUCUUCACCGCGGCCUAUAUUCUGGCAGCGGAAUAUCUUUCUCUAACCCCUUCAAAAGGAGAGGUGCUUCUCUUCCGCAGCGAAAAAACACGUGCAAAUAGUAGCCGGAAGUCGCCAAACCAAGACGAAGAAAGCGGCGUUAUUCAAGUCCAAGGUAGACAACCCAAAUCUACCAGUUCAUCUCCAGGACACACACAAGUGGGAGGACAUAGUUCUGUCUUUUACUGGAGCAAGGUCUGCUACGAUAUCACCAUCAAGGGCCAACCCAGACGAAUACUAGACAAUGUUGACGGAUGGGUUAAACCUGGUACCUUGACGGCUUUGAUGGGUGCCACUGGCGCUGGAAAAACCACUCUUCUCGACGUACUGGCCGACCGUGUUACGAUGGGUAUAGUUACCGGUGACAUGCUUGUGGAUGGGAUGCCAAGAAGUAAUGCUUUUCAGCGGCAAACCGGCUACGUACAACAGCAAGACCUGCACUUGGAGACGGCCACGGUGAGAGAAGCGUUGAGAUUUAGUGCAGUCUUGAGACAGCCUGCCUCAACCUCCACGGCAGAAAAACAUGCAUAUGUAGAGGAAGUUAUCGGCCUGCUCGAGAUGGAAGAAUACGCCGAUGCGGUCAUUGGUGUUCCUGGUGAAGGACUCAAUGUAGAGCAGCGUAAGCGCCUGACGAUCGGCGUGGAGCUGGCUGCCAAGCCAGAACUCCUCUUGUUUCUCGAUGAACCAACAUCUGGGCUGGAUAGUCAGACUUCCUGGUCAAUCGCUAUGCUCAUUAGGAAACUGUCGGAUAAUGGUGUCCCCAUUCUAUGCACGAUUCACCAGCCAUCAGCUAUGCUCUUUCAACAAUUUGAUCGUCUUCUCCUUUUAGCCAAGGGUGGACGAACAGUCUACUUUGGAGAUAUUGGCGAAAAUGGCAAGACUCUCACGUCGUAUUUUGAGCGCAAUGGUGCUGAGUCGUGUGGUGUCACGGAAAACCCAGCCGAAUGGAUGCUCAAGGUAAUCGGAGCGGCACCAGGAGCGCAUACGAGCCAGGACUGGAGGGAGGUGUGGAAGCAAAGUCCCGAGUCUGCAGCCGUGCGACAAGAGCUUGAUCGCCUGACCGACGCCAAGGGAGUCAAUCAUCGGGAUAGCGCAGCCGAGCAAGAAACACCAUCAUACUAUGCAGCCCCUCUCCACCAGCAGUUGAUGUCGGUCACCCAACGAGUCUUUGAGCAGUACUGGCGCAGCCCUUCCUACAUCUACGCCAAACUGAUAUUGUGCGGCGGUACGAGUCUUUUCAUUGGCGUCUCUUUCUACCAGGCUGAACUGUCGAUCUCUGGACUUCAACACCAGAUGUUCUCCAUAUUCAUGCUUUUGGUCAUCUUUGCGUUUCUCGUCUAUCAGACAAUGCCUCAUUUCAUUCUCCAGCGUCAGCAAUACGAAGGUCGCGAGCGUGCGUCACGAGUCUACUCAUGGCCGGUCUUCAUCCUUGCAAGCAUUCUCGUCGAAUUGCCUUGGAAUACGCUGGCGUCACUCCUGGUUUUCUUUCCAUUCUACUAUCUUGUUGGUAUGAACAAAAACGCCAUUGCCACUGAUGCAGUUACCGAACGUGGUGGUUUGAUGUUUUUUAUCACCUGGUCCUUCAUGAUGUUUGAGUCUACCUUUACCGCCAUGGUAGUCGCUGGCGUCGGCACGGCCGAGGUCGGUGCAAUCCUGGCACUGCUUCUAUUUGCCUUGUCGCUUAUAUUCUGCGGAGUGAUUGUGACGCUCUCGGCUCUACCUGGAUUCUGGCACUUCAUGUAUCGAGUAUCGCCAUUCACCUACAUCAUUGGUGCUAUGCUGGCCACUGGUGUUGCGAAUCAUGAAGUCACGUGUUCAUCGCUCGAAAUGCUUCAGUUUCAACCUCCGGCAGGCCAAACAUGUGGCGCGUAUAUGGCUGACUAUAUGGCAAUGGCUGGAGGCAGCCUUUACGACGCGAAUGCCACCUCAAUGUGUCAGUUCUGCUCCUUGGCCGAUACGAAUGUCUUUCUCUCAUCGGUCAACAUAUUCUACGAUGAGAGAUGGCGCAAUGUUGGGCUGAUUUGGGCAUAUAUUGCAUUCAAUGUGUUUGCAACAUUUCUCAACUAUUGGCUUGCUAGGGUUCCUAAGAAGGGUAAUUGGACAAGAUUUGUACCUUGGUGA